GGCCCAAACCGAUUCAACGUUCAGGAACGCGGGGCUCCCUCACCUCCCCGUUCCCAGCCACAGCCGCAUCCUGGUCGCCCUGCUCCGUAUCCUCGCUUUCCGGGGCUGAAAGCGUACGAGGGCCCGGACACUUCCCACGCCAGUUAUGGUGCCGGGGUUCCAGACCCGUAAAGCUGGGACAAACCACGGAGGAGUCUGCAAGCGGACCGCCGGGCCCGAGGCGCCGCCGCGAGGGAGCAGCCCCGGCGCUUGUACGGCACCGCAGGCCUCCGUCCCGCCAGCGGUGCACUACAACUCCCAGAAUGCCGCGGGGCACGGCCCCGCCCGCGCACCGGGGCCGGACGGCCCCAACCGUUACCCCCCCUCCCCUCAGGCUCACACCCGCGGAGGCGAUUGGCUGUCGGCGGGGCGCCGGCUCUGAGCUCUGAUUGGCUGCGACCGCCGUUGAGGCGGUUGCCGGAAGGGGGCGGUGGGAGGAGAAGCAAUAUGGCGGCGGGGAGCGGAGAGGGGCAGCAGGAGAUGAUGGAGGUCGAUAAGCGGAUCGAAUCGGAGGAGUCAGAAGAUGAAGGGAAGAAGCAAGCGGUGCGCUUAGUAACAGACCUCAGCCAGCAGAGCCUGAGAGAUGAGCAGAAUGGAGAAGCAGAGACACCAGUGGACAUGGAGACAAUUAGCCUGGACCCAGAAGCUGAGGAUGUUGACCUGAAUCAUUUCCGAAUUGGGAAGAUUGAAGGGUUCGAGGUGCUCAAGAAAGUAAAGACUCUGUGUCUGCGUCAGAACUUGGUGAAGCGCAUUGAGAACCUGGAGCAAUUGCAGACCUUGCGGGAGCUGGAUCUGUACGACAAUCAGAUUCGGAAGAUUGAGAACUUAGAGGCUCUUGUGGAUCUUGAGAUCCUGGACAUCUCGUUUAAUGUUCUGCGACACAUUGAAGGACUAGAUCAGCUUACUCAACUUAAAAAACUCUUCCUCGUCAACAACAAAAUCAGCAAAAUUGAGAAUUUGAGCAACUUGCAGCUGUUACAGAUGUUAGAGUUGGGAUCCAAUCGAAUUCGGGCCAUUGAAAACAUCGACGCCCUGGCUAAUCUCGACAGUCUGUUCCUUGGAAAGAAUAAAAUCACCAAGCUCCAGAACUUGGAUGCGCUGACAAACCUGACCGUGCUCAGUAUACAGAGUAACCGUCUGACCAAGAUUGAGGGGCUGCAGAGCUUAGUGAACUUGCGUGAGUUGUACCUCAGCAACAAUGGCAUCGAAGUCAUCGAGGGACUGGAGAACAAUAACAAACUCACAAUGCUGGACAUUGCAUCCAAUAGAAUCAAGAAGAUCGAAAAUAUCAGUCACCUAACAGAACUGCAGGAGUUCUGGAUGAAUGAUAAUCUCGUUGAGAGCUGGAGUGACCUGGAUGAGCUGAAAGGAGCCAACAAUUUGGAAACUGUGUACCUGGAACGAAACCCUUUGCAGAAGGAUCCCCAGUACCGACGCAAAAUCAUGUUGGCCCUCCCAUCUGUCCGGCAGAUCGAUGCCACGUUUGUUCGGUUCUGAACCUCCCGCUGCCCCUUCUCUCCUGCCCUCCUUGGAGAAAUGUCCCAGCUGGGUUUUUUAUCCACUUACCACUCCCCAGGUCUUCAGUACACUGACACUCUCAGAGCAAAUAGUCAACAAAAAGCACUGACUACCAGAUCUUGUGUACAAUGCACUCAUUGUUUUUGAAAUGUUGUUAUUAUUAUUAUUAUUAAAUCUUAACAUAAGA